AUGAAGCCCUUGAUGAUCUUGAGUGCUUUGAUGCUGUUGCCAUGCAGCAUUGCCUUUCCACUGCUCAAUCUCCAAUCUGCACUAUCCAAUUCCAAGGACCUGAAAUUCAUAGAGGCUUACCUUGAUCGCUUUUUCCCACGUAUUGAUCAAGCAGACGAACAAACCAUAGAAGAACGGAUCAAAGUAAUGCAGAGGUUCUUCCAUUUGACUGUAUCAGGGAAUAUAGAUACCGAAACAAUCAAGGUAAUGAAACAGCCCCGGUGUGGAGUUCCAGAUAUUUUGGAAUACAGGAAAUUUCCAGGAGCACCAAAAUGGAAUAAAAAUAUAUUGACCUACAGGAUUAACAACUACACCCCUGAUAUGCCUAAAGACAAGGUAGACAAAGCCAUAGCAAACGGACUGAAAGUGUGGAGUGAUGUGACUCCCCUGCGGUUCAGGAAAACCACAAGACCUGCUGAUAUUGAAAUUCUUUUUGCAUAUGGUGAUCAUGGUGAUGCUCCUUUUGAUGGAAGAGGUGGAACUCUGGCACAUGCUUUUGCCCCUGGACCAGGCCUAGGUGGUGAUGCUCACUUUGAUGAGGAUGAGGCGUGGUCAGAAAUCAAUAAAGAAGUUAAUCUAUUCCUUGUCGCUGCACAUGAAUUUGGGCAUUCCCUGGGAUUAGCUCACAGUGAUGUCCCUGGUGCCUUGAUGUAUCCUACCUACUCCUAUGUGAAUCCAAACUAUUUCCGUCUUUCAGAUGACGAUCGGCAAGGAAUUCAGGAUUUAUAUGGUAACUGA